CUCCGGUUGCUGCCACCCUCUCCCUCCCUCGUCGUCCCUUCUCCGGCGGACGGCGGGUGGACCUUCUUCCCCUCCGGUUUGAUUCAUACGCAUAUAUACAUAAUAAAGAUGGCAAAUACCAAACCCUUCCGCCUCUUGGAAAUAACCAUAAUUUCGGCUCAAGAUCUGGAGCCGAAAGCCAAGAUGAACAUGCGUACGUACACCACUGCGUGGAUCAACCCGGCCCGGAAGCAGACCACCAUUCUCGACACAGAGGGCGGCAGCAAUCCCAUGUGGAACGACAAGUUCGUUUUCAAGGUGGAUGAGGCGUUCCUCCGCCAGGAAACCUCCGCCAUCGAAUUCGAGAUUUACAAGAUCACCUGGUUAGGUGACUCCCUCAUCGGAACCGUUCGCCUCCUCGUCGGAAACCUAAUUCCUCCCCCCUCCCCUCCCAACCACCACCAAAAUCUCGGCACGCGUUUUGCCGCCGUUCAGGUGAGACGUCCUUCGGGGCGGCCGCAAGGGAUAUUGAACAUCGGCGUGGCGGUGCUGGAUGGCUCCAAGAGGAGCACGCCGUUGGAUCGAUACGCCGCCGGAUAUGAUAAUAAUAAUCUUCAUCGGAACAAUAACCACCGCGGCCGAGAACUCAGCCGAUCAAGGAGCGAUCGGAGCGAAUUUCUCGGACUGGACUCCGCUCCCUUGGACAGUGCGGCGGUUGCGAUUCCGAAGAAGAGAAGAGGUAAUAAGAAGGUUGACGACGACAAAGAAAGCUCCGUCCUCGGUAUGUCUUGGUACCAAACGCCACCGCCGCCGCCGCCGGCGGAGACGAAUGUCAGUAAAAAAGGUAAUAAGAAGGUGAACGACGACAAAGAAAGCUCCGUCCUCGAUAUAUCUUGGUACCAAAUGCCACCGCCGCCGCCGCCGGGGACGAAUGUCAGUAAAAAAAGUAAUAAGAAGGUUGAAGACGACCAAGAAAGCUCCGUCCUUGGUAUGUCCUGGUACCAAGCGCCACCGCCGCCGCCGCCGAUUACAACGGAGAAGACGAAUGUCAAUAAAAAAUUUAAUAAGUUUAACUACGACAAAGGAAGCUCCAUCCUUAGUACGUCUUGGUACCAACCACAACCGCCGCCGACGGAGGAGACGAAAGGAAAGGCCUCGUCGGUGAUCAACGCCGCCGAUGUCAAGAACAAAUCUUACCAGAAAGGCAAGGCGAUCUCGGUGGUGAGCGAUUCAAUCACGAUCAAAGAUUCUUCACCGUCCGGAAAAAUCGGUAACAAGAAUGAAGCGCAAGCGAAAAAUAAGGAGGUCGUUGAGAACAAAAAUGGGCCUCGCUUUGAUGAUAGCCCAACAAAUAAAACGGUUGACGGGAAGCCCAAUAUCCCGAAGAUCCCGGGAUACGAUUACGGGAGCGCAAAGCCAGGGACGGGGAGUAGGCUGGUGAUUGGAGGAGGGCCGUACAAGGCCAACUCUAUAAUGUCAGACUCGGAGGUGGGGCCAUCGCCGUCGGAGGUGGCGGCGGCGAUGGCGGAGCGGCCGAGGUACCCGCUGGAGGACUCGGUUCUGGACGGGUGGAGCUGUGAUGAGAGCGUGGAAGGGUUACGGUCGAGGCUGGAAAGGUGGCGGACGGAGGUGCCGCCGUUGUACGACCAAGUAGGGUACGCCCCCACCAGCAGUAGCUUCCGGUCGUCGAGCCAAUACACGGCCAAGAAGCGCGGCAGCGGCAGCGGCGGCGGAGGCCCCCUUUCUUGCUUCGGUAACAUAUUUGGAUACGAGUGUCAGUGCGUUUGCGGUCAGCCGAAGACGAAAACUCGCGCCGGCGCCGCCGCUGCCAAAGGACGCGUUCGAUCGCCGUCGCCCUUCCGUUAACAUAUCCAUUGCAUUGCAUGCAUGGACGCGCCUGCUCAUUCUUCUCUCACUUGUUCAUUUUUUCUUUUUGGCUAAAAUAUCAAUUUCAUCCUUGUAAUUUUGUCAUUCUUCACAUUAAUUUUUGUGACAAAUUUUAUAACAUUGCGGGCUUAAAAUUGUAUCUUUCUUAUACUUUGCAAAUUAUAUUCUCUUAUAUGUGUUCCUCACUAAA